CACGAGUGCCAUCUUGGCUUGUGUUUCCAUGAGGAAACUGUUAGCAGUAAAUAUCAGAGGAUUCAAUCGUAGUUUGUCGCGACUGCUGAGAUCUGUUCAGGCCGGAAAGCAGCUGCAGAAAUAAAGACGUUUCGGAUCGUUACCAGAUGGUCGCGUGAAGUUCCCCACGCGCUACUUAGACCUGACUCGUGCAGCGCGGAUGUCCGUCGCCCCUGGCGGCGGCGGCAGCAGCGGCGGAAAGACUAACGCCAGCAGCAGCAAUAGCGGUGGCAGUAACAGCACGUUUAACGCCGCUCGUGGUCCUAGCAGCAGUGGCAGCGGCAGCGGCAGCAGCGUCCCCAGCACUAGCAGCAGUCGCAGGCCCCUUCCCUCCAUCUACGUCCCCAGCCAUCCCUCCCAUUCGUCCUUUUCUAAGCCGUCGCCAUUUAAUCGCUCGCCGACCCCAUCCGCUGCUCCCUCCCCGUCGCUCCUCAACUCUCUCCGCGCGUUCCUCGCGCCGUUCUACCGCCUCUCGUCCGCGCGCGCGCACGUGAAGCUGACGCGGAGCAACAUCGCAGAGCAGCUGCGCGAGUACCAGCGCCGGCGCCAGCACGACUGGGCUUCCGCCGCUUUCUAUGCCGCCACCGCGCCCUCCGCGCCCGCCUCCGCCGCCGCGCGCAGGAGACGAUGCGCGCUGGCGGUGCUUUUGGUGAUACUCGCGUGCGCCGUGUGCGCGUCCGUGUACCUGUCCGUGCAAGUGUGGCAUGGCAUGCGAUACGGAUGGUCGACGCACGGAACUGCUGAUAGCGCCGGGGAAACGGUGUACGAGCGAAGAGGGGGGGAUGAUCGAGGGGGGCGAGUGGAAGGCGGGGGAGAGAGAAUAGGCGGAGGGGGGGAAGGGGGAGAAAGAGGAGGUGGACGAGAGCUGGAAACAGGGGGAACAGGAGGGGAAGUGGGUGAUAAAGAUGACGGGGAUGGGGAGAAUGUGAAGGGGAGGUUGAAAAAUGGGCCAGAGAGCAUAGGAGAUGGGAGAACGUUGGUGAUGGUGCAGGCUCUGCUGCUCCUGGUGACAGUGCUGGGUGUGGUUGCUGUUGCUGCCUGCUCCCGGCACCGGUGGCGCAAGGGAAGGAGGAGGAGGAGUGGCAGCAACAGCAGGCUGUUGCCCUCGUGACAGAGGUGUGUGCGGAGGGGAGGCGCGUGCGAUGCGGAUGCAGCUGGAAAGUGAGCAGGAGAAAAAAGAGAGCAGGCAGUUUGAAUGGUUGUACGGUAGCUGAGGAGCAGUGGGACGAAGGCACUUGGGACCAUCACAUGUACUCGUUCUUUGUCUUCUAUCUGAUUUAGUAUAUCAACUGUAGAAGCC